UGGGGUUGUGCUUCCCUGUCUGUUUUCUCUUUCCUUUCUGUCUCAUCUUGGGACAGAGGCUCUUUCCAAAGGAAACGUGGGCCUUGGAUUUUAAUGUCAAUGAUGGAAAAAUAUGAGAAUGUCUCCUGGAUCCCCCAGCAGGAACUGGAAGAUCCAUUCAAGAAAUAUCUGAACAGCACAGAGGACUACCUGACCUUUGUCUGUGGGCCUCAGCGCAGCCACCUCUUCCUCCCGGUGACUAUGGUGUACACCCUGAUUUUUGUGGUUGGGGUCGCUGGCAAUGUCCUGGUGUGCCUGGUGAUUCUUCGGCACCAGACUAUGAAGACACCCACAAACUACUACCUCUUCAGCUUGGCUAUCUCGGACCUUCUGGUCCUGCUCCUUGGGAUGCCCCUGGAAGUCUAUGAGAUGUGGCGUAACUACCCCUUCCUGUUUGGGCCCGUGGGAUGCUACUUCAAGACAGCCCUCUUUGAGACUGUGUGCUUCGCCUCCAUCCUCAGUGUCACCACAGUCAGCGUGGAGCGCUACGUGGCCAUCCUCCACCCUUUCCGCGCCAAGCUGGAGUGCACCCGGAGGAGGGCCCUCAGGGUCCUGGGCAUCAUCUGGGUCUUCUCUGUUCUCUUCUCUCUGCCCAACACCAGUCUCCAUGGCAUCAAGCUCCACUACUUCCCCAAUGGGUCUUUGGUGCCGGGCUCUGCCACCUGUACAGUCAUCAAGCCCAUGUGGAUCUAUAAUUUCAUUAUCCAGGCCACCUCCUUCCUCUUCUACAUCCUCCCCAUGACUGUCAUCAGUGUUCUCUACUACCUCAUGGGGCUCAGACUAAAGAAAGACCAAACCCUUGAGGAAGACAAAAUAACUGCAAAUAUUCAAAGACCCUACAGAAAAUCAGUCACCAAAAUGCUAUUUGUCUUGGUCUUAGUGUUUGCUAUCUGUUGGACCCCAUUCCACAUUGACCGGCUCUUCUUCAGCUUUGUGGAGGAAUGGACUGAAUCCCUGGCUGUUGUGUUCAACCUCAUCCAUGUGGUGUCAGGUGUCUUCUUCUAUCUGAGCUCAGCUGUCAACCCCAUUAUCUAUAACCUACUCUCUCGUCGAUUCCGAGCAGCAUUCAGGAGUGUGAUCUUUCCUUCCUGCAAACAGUGGCACCCCCAGCAACACCCACAAGGGCCACCUGUCCAGCGGAACAUCUUCCUGACAGAAUGUCAUCUUAUGGAGCUGACUGAAGAGGCGGGCCCCCACUUCCCCUGUCAGCUGUCCAUCAGCAGCAAUCACCUCCACACAGUGCACUAUUCGGAACAGACCGCAUGAAAGGAACUCUCAAAAAAUUGACAUUCCUGUCUGCCUUCACAGUUAAGUCAGCCGAUAACUUAUGCCUUCAUAUGUGAUAAUGAGGAGGAAAAUGGCUCUCUGAACUUAUAUAUCCAUUUGUAGGUGUAUUUUUAAACAAAUGUGGAAAUCCCUACUGAAAUAUGGAUCUAAAACCCACAACCUCCUGACAGCCUGAGGCCCCUUCACUUGUUGAUGAAGAGAACAUGACUAGCAAAGUAGGAUAGCUAUACUUUGAGUAUUUUACACUCGUCCAAAUGGUUUUUCCUGAGUCAUCCUCACUCUGAGUCAGGCUGUGGUCACUCUAUCAACUAAUGGUCCCUGUCAGCCCCAGAAGGAAGGCAUGUAGAUAUGGUUUUCUUUCCUGUGAUUUGAAGGGUCCAUGCCAGAGUUCCUCCAAAGCAAACUACUUUCCCAACUGCCUCAUAUUCUGCCAUCAUAAUGUGAUUCCUUCAGUCUGAAGACUUGUACUUUUAGAAGAAUCUUUCUGAUAACAUGGGAAUGAUCCUUACAACUAUUACCCCCACCAUCCCCAUGCCCAAGUUAUUAUAAGUAGGUCCUCACCAGGAAUUCAAUUAGAUACAAGUUCUACCUAGAGAAGAAGGGGAUGAGAUAGAAGGCUAAGGUGGAAGAUCGUAAGAUACAUAAACUAUACCGAGCACAAACUUAGUUAUUUUUACAAUUUGGUCUAGACUUGGAUUUCUAUAAUCUAACUUCAUAAAGAGAAGUGUGUUCUACUACUAUCUUGAUAAAAAGACAAGUCAAAUGGUAACUACUGGUCUCAAACCCAUUAUUUUCAGCUGCUCAGUCCUGCAUUGCCUAUAUAAUACUCCUCAUGUAUAAUAUGGGAAAAACCUACUUUCCUGACUCAUCUUCUAUCACAUCAUCUCAAUAAACUGUAUUAUUUGACCUUCUUAUGAAAAUACAUAG